ACUCAGGCUCCCCUCUCUGUAGUGUUUGUGGAGACGAGCGAAAGAGCAGGCUGACAAAAGAAAACUUUCCUCUGAACACGCAUUUGCAGUUUGGUCCCGUCUGUAAACGCAGCUGUGGAUUAUUCUCCAGGGAGAAGAGGGCAUCUUACAGCCUGUUUGUCAUUUAAUGCUUACACAGCGCAGUUUCCGGAUAACAGAACGCACUGUUUUGGGGAACAUUUUCUGCGCUGCAUUUGUUGGGAUUUUUUUUCGUUCUUCCUGUCGUUUAUCUGUCAUAACUUAGCCUUGCCAGUUUUAGUCAUCUUCAGAAAUCCUGCAGCCUCAACAGAAAACAUGGAGACAUGCAGAUAACAAGGAUGAAAUCUUCGCCUGCUGAGAGAAGUUGAGCUCUGCGCUCGAGUUCAACAGGACCACUUCCUGAUGAUGACAGUAAACAUGGAUGACGGUCUCCAAAAUGGACCCGGACAGCACAGGAACUCACAAGAUGACGAAGAGGCGCUCAAUUCCAUAAUGAAGGAUCUGGCGGCGCUGGGCCGCUGCUACACCCAGCACAACAGCCACAAACCGAAGAACAGAACCUUACUCUACAAACAGGAUUUAAGAGUCAAGCUGGAGCAUGAGAGAGAAAAACGAAUUAUCCCAUUCCAGAGGCCGCUCAAGAUCAAGGAGCUGCUACAGAAGGUGACUGAGGCCUUCGGGCAGCAGAUGGACAUGUACUUCAUGGAAAAAGAGCUGCUCCUGCCUGUGAAGACCCAGGAGGAUCUGGAUCAGGCAGUGCUGACAUUAGGCUGCAGCACUGGGACCAACGGGCUGCUCAGGAUACUGUUGAAGACACCCAAGAACAACCAUUACCUACAGGUGAACAGCAGGGACAAACAGAGUGAGAUGAAGUCAUCACGAUCCCUGGGAGAUCUGAAGGGCUCCCUGCUCAAGGGCUCAGAGAGGGUGCGCAAACACUCGACAGGUUCCUUGCACACAGGUCGGACGUCCCCGCCCCCUGGUAGUGUCCCUGAGGAGCAGCAGCAGAUUGCCCGCCAGGGCUCUUACACCAGCAUCCACAGUGAAGGGGAGUUUAUCCCAGAGACCCAGGACCAAAAUAUGCUGGAUCCAUUUGGGAGUGCAGACAACUCACUGUCAAGCAGCUGUCAAUCAAUUGAUCAAGCACUGGACAGUCCUCCUUUCUCGCAGAACAACCGAGACAAUAAUUACCUGAACCUCAACUAUGAAUACAAAGGUCGACAUGGAAAAGGAGGGACUUUCCCUCGCCAGUUCCAGUUGCCCAAUCGCAGCAAGGAUUAUGGAGACCGUCGUAGGACACUUCCGCGCAGCUUUAUGCCGCAGGAGAACCUGUUCCAGCUGGUUCCCUCCAGCCGCACACGCAGUUAUAACGGAGACAGUACACUGCAGUACAGCGACCUGCGCUCACUGGGCCGCACGGCGGACAAAAGCUGCCAGCGUGGGUCAGCCAAGUCGCCACGGGCGCCAGUCAACUGGCGGCAAGGGAAGCUCCUGGGGCGCGGGGCAUUCGGGGAGGUCUACCUCUGCUAUGACGCUGACACGGGCCGUGAGCUGGCCGCAAAGCAGGUGCCCUUUGACCCUGAUUGUCAAGAAACCAGCAAGGAGGUGAAUGCUCUUGAGUGUGAGAUCCAGCUGCUGAAGAAUCUGCGUCACGAGCGAAUCGUUCAGUACUAUGGUUGUCUUCGGGACCUUGAACAGAAGAAACUCACCAUUUUUGUUGAGUUUAUGCCUGGAGGUUCCAUAAAGGACCAGCUAAAAGCCUACGGGGCCCUGACAGAGAAAGUGACCAGGAGGUACACCAGGCAGAUCCUCCAAGGAGUCUCCUACCUGCACAGCAACAUGAUUGUACACAGAGACAUCAAAGGUGCUAACAUCCUGAGAGACUCAUCAGGGAACGUGAAGCUGGGAGACUUUGGAGCCAGCAAACGUAUCCAGACCAUCUGCAUGUCGGGUACAGGAAUCAAGUCUGUCACUGGCACCCCCUACUGGAUGAGCCCUGAAGUUAUCAACGGGGAGGGCUAUGGCCGCAAAGCUGAUGUCUGGAGUGUCGCCUGCACUGUUGUUGAGAUGCUGACCCAGAAACCUCCAUGGGCCGAGUACGAGGCCAUGGCGGCCAUUUUUAAGAUUGCCACCCAGCCUACAAAGCCCAUGCUACCUGAUGGCGUGUCCGACACCUGCAGGGACUUCUUGCGGCAGGUGUUUGUGGAGGAGAAGUGGCGGCCCACUGCAGACGUUCUGCUCAGCCACCCGUUCGUCCAGGGAAGCUUCUGAGGCCCCAUGGACCCCCAUCUCCCUCCCCCUCUUCUUCGCCUGGGAGGGCCUCUGAGUCCCCGGCGUCUCCCCUCCUCUUCGAUCUGCCCCAUCCCCAGGGCUUCUCCCCUCAAGUCACCCGGCUCCAGGGCUCACUCCGAAUUCCCGCCCUGUUGUCUAUCACCAGUGUCUGCCUUGUCAGGACCCCUGUUUCUCUCACCAACCAGCUCCGCCGCAGAACAGACAGGUCGACUGCAGAGUCCUGCAAGGCAUCGCAGCGUGGACCCCCUAGGAGGAGACUGACAAGGAAGCACUUAGCAGUCCACUUCAGGCUGCUGUCCUUCAGCAAGAGCAGGACCAAACUUGGAGAGUGGUCUUGGUCCUUUCACUCGUUUACUGCCGCAGAACAGUGUCUCGGUUUGGCCAGACGUGAUGUAAUCCUGACUGAGUGGUGACAUUAAUCACAUCUGACAGUACUGUAUGUUACUCAUCAGCCAGAGUCAGCUGGGAGUGAAAAUAAGAGGGUAAAAUAUUUUUAUAUGAAAGAAAAUAACUCAUUUUAGUGGAUGAGUUUUCUAUCCAUGGCUAAAAAAAUGUAUUUUGUCGACGCCUUACAAUAAGUAUUUGUAAGAAAGAAUGUCUUUUCUAAACAUCUUAAGGGGUUGCAUAACCCUACUUUUAUACCGCUCACUAGCCCAUUUAGAAGGAAUGUCAACAUUGCACUUUGAUAUCAUGCAUUGACACAUUACCAACAUGCAGGAUAAUCAACUUAGGAGAUAUUUUUAUAUUUGAAGCAUUUUUAUAAGAGUUGUGUAGUUUCUUCUAAAAAUAAAAAAAUAAUAAGAAAGAGACCAAACUUUUGCAUCAGCGUGCAAUGUCUAUAAAGCAAUACCAACAUUACUGUUGGACUCUGUGAUAUCCAUCCUAGCUUCCCAUGCAGGGGCCCAUGGGUCCACAGAGAAAAGGGCCAAAGAAAAGUUGCAGAAGGUCUAAAAACUUACAGCUAAAGUAAAUGUGCAGUAUUAGUCAUGUUGGAUUGUUUAGUCACCUCAGAGCCCUAUAGCCUUUCCUAUGUUAUGGCAGCUUCGUGCACAGUACACUGCACAGACCAAAUCAGAUGCAUUAUUGGAUUGAAGUAAAAGUCUUCUUUAUGUUUUUGUUGCAACUUCAGUAUGAAUCCAGUCACCCCAUGCCUUUACUUUGCUUCCUACACUGAAAUAAUGGGUCACUUGAUGAAAGUUUGACGGCACCUCCCUAGAUGAGACUUCAUCUGGGGAGAUGAUGUGGGAGGUGUAGUGGUUAGCUGUAAUACGGAGGCACUUAAGGAGCGAUCAAAUGUGUUUUGACCCUUGUCAGUGCCUUAUCUGAACCUGCUUGUACACACAAAUGUUCACUGCCAAAGUGUAAAGCUUCUUAAUAAAGUGAGCAGCUGUUCAGUAGAGAGCACAUGCAGAAUUUGCUGAAGUUCUUUUAUAUGAAAAAAAAAAAAUUCUGUAAAUACAUAUUGUUCUGCACUUUUUUAUGAAAUUUCUUUACAUUAUAUACAAAUCUAUUUGAUGAAAUAGCUACAUUAUACAGUAGAAUGUACUGUGAUUUAGACAGGAUUAUGUAUGAAUGUCUCUUUGAAAGCUGGUAGGCAGUAUGAAAAGUCUGGGAGGCUUUCGAUUGGGACAGUCACGUUUGUCUUUAUGACAGAGCCUUGAAACAUGAAAUGUAUCAAGUCAAAUCUUUUGUACAUUUAACUUAAAUAAAUUCAAGG